AUGUCGCUAACUCCGGAUGACUGUGAGGAACCGAAAUUCGUGCAACUGAAGACAUGUGAAGGCUUCAUCCACGACGUGGAGACUUGCCUAGUGGAACAGAUGGGCACAGUGCGUGAUAUGCUGCUGCUCGAGUGCUCCGACUCCACCGACGUAAUACCUCUGGCGAAGAUUGAAUGGUGGAUCAUGAAAAUGGUGAUUCAUUGGUGCAGAUUGGUCCAAGACAACAGUGCACAGAAGGAAGCCAGGGAUAGAUCGAGCAUGUUCAUAGAAUUACUCGAGGAGGCAAAGGGCGACGACGAGGUCGUCUUUCAACUCCUCUUGGCAGCCAACUAUCUAAAUGUGGAGAGUCUGUUGGAUGCGGGGACGCAGUACCUGGCCGAUGCAAUAACAACCUGCGGAAGUGCCGAGGAAAUACGGAAUCGUUUUAACUUGCAAAAUGAUAUUCCCAGCGACGAAUAUGAGCCAUAA